UGUAAGGCCCUGAUUUACCAAAAUAUAAAUGCACUAAAACAUAUUAUUGUAUUUAUGUAUUUAUGUAUUUUGAAGCAUUAUGUCUGGUUAAGUCUCUAAACCUAUGGCUCUCAGAGGAAGUACUUCAAAUGUUUACUCAGAAUGUGAGAGGUAGUGGGAGUUAUGCCUGUAUUCUGUGCUUGUUCAACAUUUAAGGGUAUGAGCUAGUGAUAAAGAGAUUGAGUGAGUUCAAAUCCCAGAAUCAGAGCAUAACCAGAACACCACUGUUGGGACAGUUUGAGCAAAGACUUUAACCCUCAGCUACUCAGUUGUGUUUAGAGGCAGACUCCAGCAGAUGGCAGUCUGUGUUAUGCAAGAGCAGAUUCGUAUAUAGUUAUUCUUAGCCAUUUUGUUCCCUUAGGUCCAUUCUAUUAUGAUAAAGUACCUUGGACUGACUUUUGUUAUCUUAAGCAUCACUGGUGUAUAUAAAUAAUCCUUUUUUUUUUCCUAAGCAAGUUAUAGAUAUAUUUUCUUUCUAUACAGCCACGUAGGUUUGAAAAGUAUAUUUUUCCACUACCUGAGUUGUAGUGAAUUGUAAUAGAUUAUAAAACAAGAAUACCUGGGGGGGAAAUGCAGACAAAAGGUCCUCAUCUUUAAUACUAUUUGUUAGUUAAACAAUGGGCUUCGACUCCAGGGGCUAUCUUUGACAUGAAUCAGAGCACUUUCCUAUCCCCUCCCCCUUUUAGGCACUGUGUCACACUCUCUUGUGCUUGCGAUUGGCCACAAGUGCUGAAGGACGGACCAGGGGCAAAAGAAGUUGGGCUGAAGUGUCUGGACUGUCUAAAAAUUGUGACCUAUCAGCGUGCAGCUGUCAGAGAGAAGUUUAGUGGGGCUGCUUUGUCACCUCGGCAUGGGGCCUCACUUCUGAGAGGGGGAGCUCUGAGAAAGAGAACUCCUAAGGUAAAAGAGGUAAUAUAGUGUGCUGUGGACUUGGUAAAACUUGCUGUCUUUAGACCUGGCACCCAGAAAAUCACCCAGAAGGCAACUCCAAAGAACCAAGCAACCACUUCCAUUGCUAUGGCUGAAAGGGAGUCCAAACUUCCAAAAGAGUAUUCUGGAAGCUGCUAAAGCAACGUGAUCCUGUAGGACUCGUUCUAAAAAUAUCCACCAUCAGGAAUACAUGGACUUGCACUGGCUGUCUAAUUGGUCAAAGAUUAAACUUUUUUUUUCCUGCUUCUCACAUUGGACUUGUUUAAGGAUACGCAAAACAUAUUCCAAAAGUCCAAUCUGAAGGUAAUUCCUGAAUUCAUUGACUAACCUACACUUGCCUGAGGGCUUCCUAGAAAAAAUGUUUCUAUGUUUCACAGUUCUGGCAGUUUCACAUGCUGCUCAAGGCUCUUUGAAUAUCUAAAGAGACUCUUUGAGUCUGAGUUGCUGUCAACAAGCUGGCAUUGGCAAAAAACCUUAAUUGGAAUUCCUUCUGGAAUGCAUUUUACAAGUUAUGAAAUGGACAAGUGAUACUUUUCAAGUGAGUGAGAAAGUUUAGUUUUAGUGUAAAGCCAAACUGUUAAUCCAAUCCAAAUAUUCCAGUUUACAAAGAAAGUUUUAUACCUCUCUGCUGAGUCAUGCGAAAGGCUGAGGUGCAGUUGACCCUGAAAAAGGGUGCGGAAGAUGGAUCUGGGGGAGUUGCACCUCCAAGCCCACGGAUACCCUCCAAACGGGCUAAAAUCAACCCUGAUCAGAUGGUGCCUGACCCAAGCUCCAUCUAUCCCACUUCAACACCACCUGUCUUCAUCCGAAAAAUGAGGAAUGCUGCUGUAGGUACAGGCUGUGACAUCCGUCUGAAAGUAGCUGUGGCAGGAGAUCCACAGCCGUCUCUCUAUUGGUAUCACAAUGAUGACCUCCUCAACAUGGAUAACCAGGAGUAUGGAGGACUGUGGAUACGUGACUGCAAGCCCACUGAUGCAGGACUCUACACUUGUAUUGCUACCAACUACCUGGGGGAGUCCAGGAGCAGUGCCGUCCUUGCCGUCUUGGACCUGGGAGAAGAAAACUGGACACUCAAACCGAACAUUUGGGCGGUUUACCCAUGCGAAGUAUUUCGCUCGUGCAGGAAACAGAGUUAUGACUCUGAAACCACGGAGGACGAAGCAGCCGAGCCUCAAAUGGAGACCAAAGACGGAGGCAGAGGUGAUCCAGAUGAGACCUCCCAGCGGGUCCCUACAGGUGAGCGGAUGAUGGACGUGGCAUCAGGUGCUAGUGGUCAUGGUGAGAACACGGUGGUGGAGAGAGAGGUGCAGUCCCUGGGAUCAAGAGCAGCGGGGCCACAGGCCGCCAGGAGCCAAUCUGAGGAAGUUUUGAGGGAAUCUCCCCCACAAGUUCUCCCUCUCCCUUCCCCUAAAAUUAUCCGUUCAUCCACCUCUCCCAUGCUCGGCCGAUCUGGCUCAGGCCCCCCCACGCCCCUGACCCCACGCAAGAAAGCUGUUGUGCCGAGUGAAUACCAAGACACAGUACCUGGAGAGUUUGAGGAGAAGAUUAAGCAACCUAAGUCUUCAGCCAUGUCCCAGAGUAGUGCGCAGGACUCUCGACCCCAGACCCCUGUCAGUGACUACUCCCGGAAGGACCUGACCCCCCGUCCCUCUCCUAAACUAACACGGCCAAGUUCCAAGAUCUUUGAAAAGGUGAGAGUUUUUGAAGAGCGCAGAAGAAGCAUUGACAAUCCUGAGGGGUCAAUCUCUGGACGCUCUUGGGCUGGAUUUAACAGAGCUCCUUCCAUUGACUCUGAUGAUGGAGGGAGCCGUCUAGGGAUCUCAAGAGAAAGUUCCAAGGAGGACCUCCAUGAAGCUUUGAAGGCAGAUGCAGAGCAGAGAAGAUCUGUGUUCAGGCAAAGAGCUGCUUCUCUGGAGGACAGACCUCGCUACUCCCAGAAAGUGCAAGACAUAGAGCACAAGUUCACAGAGGAGCUCCAGCGAAUCAAGAAGCUUGUGGGGAAACCACAUAUGAAGAAGUCUUUCUCUACUGAACAGCUCUCCACUUUUCACAGGGGCAGGCAGCCUAUAAGAAAACUGGAGCCCAUCCCACCUCAGGUGCUUCAAAAGCUACAGGACCGGGAGCGUGCUCAGCAGGAGCAAGAGAAGAAAUUGAAAGAGCAAGCCAAAGACAAAUCACCACAGGUGCAAACACGGCAGUUUCAGCAGCAGGAAUCAUUGUUACAGGAGCAAGUUGUGCGAGAGAGGUCACCCAUGACAACUAAAACAAUUAACCAAAUGAGAGAGGAGCCUUCACCUCCAGAAGGUAUGUCACCAUCUGAGUUACCUGGACAAAGGAUUCCAAGACUAAUGCAUGGACCUAGUCCAGUUGCUGAGAACACUCGAAGAUCUCCAAUUGUGGAAAUCACCUCUGUGACUGAUGAGCGCCCACACUCACCUCGCAGAACAAGAGCAGAGUCACCAUCCAGAAAUGUCCUGGAGAUGACAUUGCGCAAGGUGGAACCAAGACCUGCAAGCCCACUUGUAAAGAGGGUAGGUUAUGUCCAGGAAGUCACACCAGUCCACAUAGAGGAUGAAACUGUACAUAGAAAAACACCCAUAGAGAUCACUCUGAGAAAGCUGGACAGAAGACCUGCAAGUCCUCUUGUGCAGGGUGAAAUUAAUGCAGAACAAGAGUGUCCUGUCCAGGCACCACCUCUUAAACCUCCAAGGGUUUCACUCACCUCCACUAAAGAAGAGAAGAUGGAGAUAGAUGUGACUCCUCUAGCACCAGCCGUAAAGAUCACUAUCCCACAGAUCAUUGUUGAAGAGCCAAUGGAGACAGAAACUUCUGUACCUGCACACAGUGAUAAAACAAUUAAAAAUGCCACUUCCAAAGAGGAAAAACCUCAGAGAGUGAGAGGGAGGGGAUGUAAACAAAGACCCAUGUCUCCUGAAUUAGAAUCUUCUGAUGACUCAUACAUGUCAGCAGAAGAAGACCCUCUAGAGGCCCCACUGUUUGAGUUUCCUCUUCAGGACAUGGUAGCACCCUCGGGUGCUGAGGUUUUGCUGAAGUGCAUCAUUGCUGGCAAUCCUCUUCCUGAAGUGACAUGGACGCAGAACAAUGUGGAAAUAAUGAACAGUCCCACACACAUGGUGAAAGUGGAGGGAGAGAGGCACUCUCUUCUCAUCAAAAGGACAAAGCCAAGUGAUGCUGGCACAUAUACCGUAACAGCUACAAAUGAGGUGGGCAAGGCUUCCUGCAGAGCCACCCUCUUUAUCAAACCAGAGCCUAGCCUAGACCAAGGCAACCUUGGUGUUCCCAAGGACAUUAGCAGCCCCAUCACCUCUGAUGAGGAGUACCUCAGCCCCCUGGAGGAGGCCAUGGAUUUUGUAGGAUCAUCCUAUCAUGGUCUUGAACCCCGGAAGAUCAUAGACACUCGUUUUAAAGAGCCCCCUGCAUUUCAGGCUACAGUAGGUGAUCAGACAGUCAUAGAGGGACAAGAAGUGAUCAUGUCUGUCCGAAUGACUGGCCAGCCCAAACCAAUGCUCUAUUGGCUGAGGGACAGAGUAACUAUAAAAACAGGUCCUCGACACAUCGUCCGUGAGACAGAGAACGGCAACUGUGAGAUGAUAAUAAAAUCAGCUGUGAAGUCUGAUGCUGGUGUGUACACUUGCAAGAUCAUCAACGAGUAUGGCACCAAACAGUGUGAGGGCAAAUUAGAGGUGAAAGCCACUCCAGUGGAACCUGGCCUAGCCAUAGUGCGGCCUCUCAGGGAUGUGAUGGUGAAGGCGGGAGAGUCAGUGCUGUUUGAAUGUCAUGUGAUUGGACCGCAAGAUGUGGACGUAGACUGGCUGUCGGAUGGGAAGCUCAUCCAGCCAGCGCUUCUGAACUGUAAGAUGCACUUUGAUGGAAAGAGGUGUAGAUUGCUGCUCAACUCUGUGCAUGAGGACGACAGUGGCACAUACACCUGUAAACUGAGCACAGCCAAAGAGGAACUGACCUCGUGUGCCCAGCUGAAGGUCAUUGCCUCUGUUGAGCCUCUAUUUACCCGAAUGUUGGAUGUGUUGGAGGUCAUUGAGGGUCGAAAUGCACGAUUUGACUGCAAGGUCAGUGGAACGCCACCACCUAUGAUCACCUGGACUCACUUCGACAAUCCAUUAGUAGAGAAUGAGGACAUUCGCAUCCUGAAGGAAGGUGGCCGGCACUCGUUGGUUAUCUCCCAUGUGAGCCAUGAGGAUGAGGGGUUCUACACAGUGGUGGCCAAGAACACACACGGCGAGGCCGAGUGCUCAGCAGAGCUCUAUGUACAGGAACCGCGGCCAGCUAUGUCAUCUCAGAUGGCUAAGUUAGAGAAGAUGCCAUCCAUUCCAGAGGAGCCAGAGGUUCCUGAGAGCGAGGUGGAGCGUUUUACCAUGCCUGACUUUGUGAAGCCACUGUACGACUUGGAUGUUGUUGAGGGUAAAGAGGCCGUGCUGAAGUGCAAAGUGGCUGGCCUGCCAUAUCCCACCAUUUCUUGGUUCCACAAUGGCAAGAAGAUUGAAAGCACUGAGGACAGGAAGAUGACGCAGUUCAGAGAUAUACACAGUCUUGUUAUCCGCUCUGUCUGCCAUGCCCAUGGAGGUGUCUACAAGAGUGUUAUUUCCAACAAGUUGGGCAAGGCCACAUGCUAUGCCCAUCUGUAUGUAACAGACGUUCUUCCUGAUCCUCCAGAUGGGGCACCUGUAAUUGAGUCUAUUACUGGCAAGAUUGUUACUCUUAGCUGGAAGAAGCCCAAACGGCUGGACCCAUCAAUUGAUCCCAGCACCUUGAUGUACGCUGUCCAGCAGCAGGCCUUGGGCUCUAUACAAUGGACUAUAAUCGCUUCCAGCCUAAAGCAGACCUCCUACACUGUCACCUCACUAUCCAAGGGUGUCCGCUAUGCCUUUAGGAUCCUAUCAAUCACCAGCAAAGCCUUUAGCAAGCCGUCUCCGGCCACAGAAACAGUACAGCUCAUAGACAGAGGUCCAUAUCUCAAGGAGGCACCAGUUAUUACUGACAAGCCAGAUAUGGUAUAUGUGGUGGAGAAUCAGUCGGUCAACAUCACGGUCACUCUUAACCACGUCAAUGCAGCUGUCACCUGGAAGAUGAGAGGAGCGACCUUGUCGAACAGAGCCGGGCUGUUUGAGAUGAGCAUGCCUGAUGAUGACCAACACACACUAAAGCUCUGUAAGGUGAGGAGCAGUGAUGUGGGACCACUUAGCUUCACUGCUAGCAAUCCAUACGGGACAGAGUCCUGUCUCCUCUUGCUAGAGAUGGCAGUGGCCCCAACAUUUGAGUCUAUUAUGGAGGAUCUGGAUGUAAGUGUUGGUGAGACACCUCGCUUUGCUGUGGUCGUUGAAGGGAAGCCCAUUCCAGACAUCCUCUGGUACAAGAAUGACAUCCUUCUAUCAGAGAGUAGCCAUUUUACCUUUGUGUACGAUGACAACGAGUGCUCUCUGCUAGUGCUCAAUACUCAGCCACAAGAUUCUGGGGUCUACACCUGCACUGCCAAGAACCUUGCUGGCUCAGUUUCCUGCAAGGCGGAGCUAACUGUCCAUGCCACUAAACAGGAGAAGGAUGACCCGAUGGAGGAUGAGGAGUCUAUCUUGAGGAGGAUGCGACGACUCACUGAUUACUAUGACGUGCACAAAGAGAUUGGGAGAGGAGCCUUCUCGUAUGUGAAGCGUGUGACACACAAGACGGGAAAAAGGGAGUAUGCAGCCAAGUUCAUCUCGGCUCGUGCCAAGAGAAAAGCCUCAGCCCUAAGGGAGAUGAACAUCUUGUCUCACCUUGACCAUGAAAGGAUCAUCUACUUCCAUGAUGCCUUUGAGAAGAAGAAUGCGGUCAUCAUCAUUACUGAGAUAUGUCAUGAGGAGCUUCUGGAUAGGCUAUCAAAGAAAUCAACAGUGAAUGAGGCAGAGAUUCGCUCCAGCAUGAGACAAGUGUUGGAAGGAAUUAACUAUCUUCAUCAAAAUGACGUUCUGCAUUUGGACAUUAAGCCUGACAACAUCCUCAUGGCUGAUCAUUCCAGCGAUCAGAUCCGGAUUUGUGAUUUUGGAAACGCAGUGAAGUUUACACCUGGUGAAGCGCAGUAUUGCAAAUAUGGUACUCCGGAAUUCAUUGCCCCAGAGAUUGUUAACCAGACACCAGUCUCCAAGGCAACUGACAUCUGGCCGGUUGGCGUCUUGACCUAUCUGUGUCUAACUGGCGUGUCUCCAUUUGCGGGAGAAAAUGACCGAACCUCCGUCCUCAACAUCAGGAAUUACAACGUGGCUUUCGAAGAGAGCAUGUUUGCUGAUCUCUGCCAUGAAGCAAAAGGAUUUGUCAUCAAAUUACUAGUGGCUGACAGACUGAGGCCAGAUGCCUGUGGGUGUCUUCGUCAUCCAUGGUUCAAGAUACUGAAUAAGGGAAAGAGCAUCAGCACAGAGUCUCUCAAAAAAUUCUUGUUGAGAAGAAAAUGGCAGAGGUCUCUUAUUAGCUACAAGUCCAAAAUGGUCAUGAGGUCAAUACCUGCACUGCUGGAUGACUCUUCAAGUCAUAUUUCCAUAGCUGUUCCACGGCAUUUAAAAGAAGGUUCGCCACCACCAUCUUCUUCAUCAGACUCUGAUGAAGACAUUGAUGAGCUGCCAUUUAUACCUAUGCCACUGAAUAUGGAGUUCUCAGGCUCCAGAAUGUCACUGAAUGAGAUUAUUGGGGAUGAUGAAAUAAUAGUCAAGACUAAUAGCAACCUUGAAAGGUCAAGACCAACCACUCAAAAGCCAGAGCCCAUGGAAUGUGAGCAAGUAGAUGAAGCUGGUGAUGCUGAUGUGCAGGACCGAGCAAGGAAGAGCACAACACUUGAUGAUGAAAAAGGGUCCUCUGAUGAAGAACCAGGGGAAUUGUCCACAAGGACAGAGCAGCCAAAAAGGCCCCUUCGACGAGGUUCAAGUACGGAGUCUGACAAGCCUGAAGGAGCUCGUCGUAGAGGUGAACUGCGUAGAGGGAGCUCAGCAGAUAGUGCCCUACAACUCCAUAUCAAGCCAGAGGAGGGUGCUGAGGAGAGUCCCACAGAAGGUAGAAGAGUCCUUAAAAAGUCUGUGUCUAUGGAACUGCCACGAAGGAGCCCAAGCCCAGGAGCGGCCAAGCUGAGCCAAGAGGAUUAUGCCUUGAAACUGGAGCUGAUGAGACAAAGGCUUCUCAGAGGAGGCUCCGUGGACAACAAGAUGAGUGGCCUUCGAGGCCCCCUGCUGGAGACCUUGGGCAUGGGUGAUGAGAAGUGCUAUAUACGAGGACCUCGUCUAGGUAACCCUCCAUUAGUUCGGGCAGCAUCCAGUGACUCUCCUCGAGAUGACAUUCCAAAGACCAAAGUGCUCCGUAAGAGUGCUUCCUUCAGCCAGGGUGAUGCUGAGCCUAUGCCCCUACACCGGAGGAUCGGGGGGCCUCUAGAGAUUCCUGUAGCCCAGGUUGAAGAACGUCGCCUGCAGGAAGCUGUGUCCAUGUCUGUUCUUGCAGAUCCAGUCAAGCCAGAUUCACGCCCCGUUACCCCAAAAUCACUUACUCCUGAACCAAAUAAACAUGAGACAAAGAUAAAUGUAGAAGACAAAGAACCAUCACCUAUCAGGGAGUUUAAGCAUGAGGAAAUUCCUAUUAAGCAAACAGACAUUGCUACUGUAGUGAAAAAUGAUGAUCAGAAGUUCAGUGAUGAUGUGGUUCAAAAGAAAGACUUAAGCAUGUUAGAGGAAACUAUCCAAGAACCUAAGAAAGUCCUACAAAGCAGGUCAACACCUAUUAUGGUGCCAAGAGUGAUAGUAGAGAAGAUUGAAGAAGAGGAGGAAGGAGAGGAGAAGGAACUAAUCGAAUCUGUAAUUGAACGAGAACCGUCUGUUCCUAAGAUAGAGGACGAAGAAGUUGAGGAAGAAGUAGCACCAGUUAAAUCCUCAGAGGUCAUUACACCUACUAGUACCAUUGAGGUUGCCCCAGUUGUGGCCCCUCAGAGCGUUGUCUCACCAUAUGUGACCCCCACUCCCCCUGUACUAACUGUUCUUCCAGAUGGCAGGACAUCUGCAUAUGCAAGUAUCAUGCAGGCCAUUAUAGUCCCAUCACUGCAACCACCCAACCAAGCCACAACCAUCCCUACAUCUACAAAUAUGUCAACAACAGCUUCUCCAACUGGACCUGUCCCUGCAACCAUGUCCAGACAUGUUUCAGAGUCAAUUCUUAUGUCAACAACACCAUCAUCCAAGUCAAACACUCAGCAAACCACCGAACAUCCUGCAGUUUUCUCUAGAGUUGCAUCAGUAGAACAACCAGCAAAGGAACCAAGUCCACCCAAGACUCUCACACAUGCUUCCAUAAAGAGAGAGUCGUCUCCUGGAGGUGAAAUCCAAGAUCUUGCCUCUGAGGAGGUCUUUGAGGCUCGAUUCAAGAAACGUGAGUCGUCUCUCACUCGUGGGCUGAAACUUCUUUCAUGGCAAAAGACAGAAGAAAAAUCCACUAUAGUUGCUCCUGAGGUUACAGAAGAGAUGUAUCGUCCAGGACCAGUUGGUGCUCCUUUAGAGUUUGUACACAGAAAAUUGGAGGAGAAGUCCAAGUCUGUUCAGGAUCUCCGUGAAGCAGAAAAAGACCCAGGUUUUAUGAGAAGACUGUCCAUGCGCCUGAAAAGGUCCCCUACAAUUGAGAGAAAUGAGGAAAAGCCCAAAGAAGAUGAUAUCAGUGUCCCAAGGCGUCGUUUAUCUUGGGCUUUGGGUAGGAGAGGGUCACACGACAAAAAGGAAGUGGAGAUGAUGAGACUGGAUGGAGGACCAGAGGCACCUCCAGAGCCAGAGACCAAAAAGCCAAAUGAGUCUCCUGUGCUAGCUAUGCGCAGAAAGAUCAGCAACACAGUGGCCGGCAUAUCCAUGAAGAUCAGGAGCCAUUCUGAGGAAAGAAAAGAUGGCAAAGAGGAGAAGACAGAAACCAAGAAGACUCCUUUGUUGUCUAUACUGCGGCGUUCUAGCUCAGAGGGAGGCAGUCUGAAGAGAAUGGGUAUCCCACAGAAUCAGCUAGCUUCCCAGUCUGGCAAUGGGGCCUCCUCUGAGUCUUUGGAUUCUAUGUCCAGCAUACAGUCAGAGUCAGCCAUCAAAAGGGCAGAGACUGAACGGAGGUCACGAUGGGAUCGAUGGGGCCUAACCAGAGGGAGAAGGGAUAAGACCAUAUCCCAGCCAGACAUACCCACUGCUAUAGCCAGAGAGAACGGCUCACUCCACUCUCGCCAGUAUUCCCGGACAGCCUCAGACUUCCCUCCAGUAUUCCAUAUCAAACUGAGGGACCAUGUUCUGCUUGAGGGUGAUCCUGUCACUCUCAGCUGCUUGCCUGCUGGCAGUCCUCACCCACGUAUCACAUGGAUGAAAGAUAAAAAGCCCCUGGAGAUUGAUCCAAGAAUGAAUGUGAUCGCAUGCCCUGAUGGGAGACAGCUGCUGAUGAUUAUGAAGACCACCAAGAAAGAUGCAGGCCUUUAUGAAUGUGUAGCCACAAACGCAUUAGCCUCUGUCAGCAGCUCCUGUAAACUCUCUCUCGCUCGUCUGCCAAACCAGCCUGGUACGCCAGAAGUUCCUCAAAAAUAUCACAACACAGCGUUGGUGGUUUGGCGUCCAUCAGACACUGUGGCCCCUUGUACUUAUUGCCUGGAGCGGAGAACAGAAGGUGAAAGUAACUGGCUGAUUGUAGCCACUGGUGUCGCUGACUGUUACUACAAUGUCACGGACCUAACGUGUGGCGCCACCUACAGGUUCAGAGUGGCUUGUGUGAACAAAGCUGGCCAGGGACCAUACAGCAAUCUGUCGGAGAAGGUCACUCUAGAUGCAGCAGGACCUCCAAAAUCCACUGGUACAGUCAUUGUCAAGACUCUUCCAUCAACAACCGGUCCUGCUGUGGUAACCUCCACCAUGACUGUACCUCCUAUAAAGCUUGCUGGGAAUAAACCUGUUCCCACUUCUUCUACAACUCCAGCACAGUCUUCUGCUCCACCUUCUGCCAAACCUGCUCCACCUUCUGCCAAAUCUAUACCUCAGGUCCAGCCUCCCGCCUCCAGUACAACCGGCCCUAGCACAACCACCCUGGCCAAAGCCAAAACCACUCUCAAUAUCACAAUGUCCAAACCUGCCACUCCUCCAUCUGCUCCCAUCUUCCCUAGUCCAUCUAAACCCACUCCUCCUGUUGUUCUCCCUAAACCACAGACUCCUAUCAAUGUGGUUCCACCCAUGGCACAAACUCCUCCAGUGUCCCCACCCCCAUUAGUUUCUCCUCCACCCACCCUUGGUAAACCCAUUUCCUCAGUACCCAUGUAUGUCCCUGCAACCACAACAGCUCCUGUGACCCCAGUCACCCCCACUACUCCCUCUCCUGCCCUGUCUCCACCUGUGGUGUUGGUUACAAGUCUCACUCCUGUUGGGGAGGGAAGUGCUACUUCAAGCAGGAUGACCCCUAGUGGAAGGGUCACUCCAUCAGGACGUGUCACACCCACAGGGCGGAGAACGCCACUGGGCAAGCCAGGAGAGUCUGCCUUACGACAGGGUGUGCCCCAGAAACCCUAUACCUUCAUGGACGAGAAGGCCAGAGGCCGUUUUGGUGUCAUCCGAGAGUGCAGAGAAAAUGCCACAGGCAACCUCUUUAUGGCCAAAAUUGUUCCAUAUGAGCCUGAGAGUAAGCAGAGUGUUCUGCAAGAGUAUGAAAUCCUCAAGGCCUUGCAUCAUGACAAGAUUAUGACCCUCCAUGAGGCCUAUGUCACACCACGCUACCUCGUUCUCAUCUCCGAGUGCUGCACUGGCAAAGAGCUCCUCCACAGCCUGAUUGAUAGGUUCCGUUACUCUGAGGAUGACGUGGUGUCCUACAUUGUGCAAAUUCUGCAGGGUCUGGACUACCUCCACAACAGGAGAAUCCUGCACCUAGACAUCAAGCCUGAAAAUAUUAUAGUCACCUACAUGAAUACUGUCAAGAUCAUUGACUUCGGCAGCGCUCAGACUUUCAACCCACUCUUUCUGAAGCAGUUCAGCCCUCCUAUAGGAACGCUGGAUUACAUGUCUCCCGAGAUGUUGAAAGGAGACGUUGUGGGUCCUCCAGCUGACAUCUGGAGUGUUGGUGUACUGACAUACAUCAUGCUCAGUGGACGGUUGCCAUUCACAGAGAUUAAUCCAGCAGAGACAGAGGCCAGAAUCCAGGCAGCCAAGUUUGACCUCAGCAAGCUAUACCAAAACGUAUCCCAAAGUGCCUCUCUGUUCCUUAAGAAGAUCCUGUGCAGCUACCCUUGGGCGCGUCCCUCCAUCAAAGACUGCUUCAGCAACUCUUGGUUGCAGGAUGCCUAUCUGAUGCGGCUGCGGCGGCAGACACUCACCUUCACCACCACGCGUCUCAAGGAGUUCGUCAGCCAGCAGCAGCAGAUCAGAGCUCAGGUGGCUACCAAGCACAAAGUGCUCCUGCGCUCCUACUCUGCCCAAACCCCCACAACACCCACCACACCUACCAUGCCCACCACACCCACCACUAUAUCCUCUACACCCUUCACUCCUGUCACUCAAUGAGCUCGGCUUGGUUUUGAUGGAGCGAUGUUACCCAAGGGGAGAGGAUCUCAGAACAAGAGGACGGAGAGGCACGGGCCCGUGAUGGACUGAGACAUGCUGAGCCCUGGCUGGAUCACAAGAGUGUGUGUGUGUGUGUGUGUGUGUGUGUGUGUGUGUGUGUGUGUGUGUGUGGCCCAGCCUCAGUAACACUAUUCUGAAAUAGAGUGAAACACACCCACUGUCUGAUCUGAGAUAAGAAACUCAAGCACAUACAAUACUGACUAAUACUAGCACAUACAGUAGAUUCUAAUACAUUAAGCUCUGUCAGCUAUGGCCAGCAUGCUCAGUGCUGUUGUGUUCAUUGUCCUGCACCUAGCUCUGCCCACAAACAGCCAUGCCACACCACACGUUACCUUGCUCUGACCCAUGUUCCUUUUUUAGUGUUUGAAUAAGAUAAGAUAACAUGAACGUGUACAACAUCAUUUGCUAAACAUACCGUAAAUGUAAACUUUUGUCGUGUUUCCAUAUAAUAAUUCUGGGGCCUUGACAUUUGUGGUGAGAAAUAAUAAUAAUAAUAAUAAUAAUAAUAAUAAUAAUAAUAAAUGUAUAUCAGAGUUUUCUGCUAGUUUUUAUGAGAUUGACAAUUUUAUUACAGGUAGUUGUUAUACUGUAUUCAUUACUAUAUAUGUAAAGUAGACUUAAAGGACAAGUCCAACGUUUUUCCUAACGAAAGAAAGAAUUAUUGUCUGUAUAUUGUACAGUGUUUUAAAACAAUUUGGUUGUUUAUUGUGAGAAAUGAAUGAGUUUUAUGUAAGAUGUGACAUAAAAAAAAAAAAAAACCUGCCAUAGGUUUCCACAUGGUAUAACCGGAAUACAAUCAUCAGUACAUUUUGUACAACCAUAUAAUAUUGUGAAUAAGAUAUUUAUAGUUAAUAUAUUUUUUAAGUUUGCAUAAAAUAAUUCUUUAGGCAGUUACUUUGAGAGCUGGCAUUGUGGCUGUGCCUGCUUCAGUUACAUGAGUCAAGCUAUGAUUUAUAGAUGACACACAAUUCUACUUCAAUACUCAAAUAAAAUAGUCCUUGGCAAGUUAUAUGAUUAAUUGUGUACUGUUUCCUAUGAUGUUUUACUGUUAGUAGGAAUAAAAUAAAAUAAAAAUAUGGUUAAUGAUUAAUAAUUAUUUGAUUAACAGUUCAUCCCGAAUAUUUUUUAUUAUUUUUAUUCUUAUACCACAGCAAUUUGUCAGCACUAAUGAUUUUUUAUUUAUUAAAGAAUGGCACAUUGUAAAUUUUAUUCAUUUACAGUUAUGUUUAAUAUGGUGGUAUGUCCGCAAAUCCAUAAUAAAACAAAACAAGUCAUGUUACCAAGUAACCCAGUGUAACCGCUUGACAUGUGACUGUUACAAAAUGCUGAUACUGGAGACUCAUUCCAAAAAUGUUAAAUAAAUAUUUCUUUGCGUAUACAGACUUUUUAAAUCAGGUUAUGUACAGUAUUUGUCAGACACGUCCCUAAGUAAAUCGUUACUACAGAAAUGAUACCUUAUUAGAAUAAGUGCAUUAAUAUACACUUUUCUGCCAGAAUUAUUGUCAGUUCUGCUCAUCUAGAACAUUAAUCAACACCUUCUGACCAAUCAGAAUUGAGCAUUUAACAGUGCUGUGGUGUAAGAUGGAUCUAAUACUAUGUCUUUUACAUAUAGACAUUUUCUCCUUGAAUUAGUUCUGUAUUGAACUUCUCCUCUCAUGCCUUGUGGAAAUCUAUGAGCUCACUUUCUAAUUUUUUCACACUUCCAAAAUGGUUUUAAAACAUUGUAAAAGAACUGUGCGUGUGUGUGUGUAUGGGGGGGGGGAUUUUUAUUUUAAAUACCACUGAGCACGCAAUCCUUUCUUACUGUAGUGCCACUUGAUGUUUUACAACAAAUGCAGGCUUUUUUGUCCUUGAUUUGGGUCCUGAGCAAACUGUGACGUCAGAUAAAUGUUUUUUUUUAAAAGGAGAAGUAAUGUUAGAACUGUUUGCAAAAAAAAAAAAUUCCCAGGAUUUGGAAGUCACUUAUUUAUUUAUUUAUUUUGUAAUGUAUUUAAAGAUGCCUUUGCAUUUAAAGUCUAGAAUGUAUUAAACACCACAGAAUUUUUUUAGCUAGUUUUGUGUAUUGGUUUUUGGGUUUUUUUGUUUUUUAAUGCAAUGCAAUUUUUUUUUUUUCCGAUCUGUACACUGGUGGAGUGCAAGCAUGUGAUUAGUUGAAAUAUUUCUUUCAUAGAAUAAAUAUAAUAAAAAAUCACUACCUGUGGCAGCAAGAAGAGGUAUUGUGGCAUUAUUCUUCCGAAAUGUUAUUUCAUAUGUUCAUAUUAUCAGAUCAGUAACAGAGUUUUUUAACCAAAAAGGAAGCUGCUACAUAAUUCAUCAAUAAUCGUUAAACAAACCAACCAGCAGGACAUAACUUAGAUUUUUAUUCUUUUAUCUGUUUUAAUGGAAUACCAUUAGCAUGCUGUCCACUUAUAUUGCGUGGGAAUGGCGCUGAGUAUUACUUUUCUAGUCUAACUCUAAAAAAUCUUUAAUAAAAUAUAGGAAAAAAUUGUAUGGUCAAGACAGUGGCUGCUACACUGAAUGAUAAAUGAAAAAAAAAAUCUUAAUGUGAAAUAGGAUUAUUUCUUAUUAGUAAAUUAUAGUCUCUUAAAAUUAUAUAUAUAUUCAGAUGAGUAUACGAUUAAUUUAUUUAGCACAUUAAUAUUGGGAUUUUAUGGGGGUUUUUUUCCCCCCAAGUUAUUGUGUUUAUUCUAUCUAAGUAAAUGAUGCUGCUUACCAGAUUAUAUUAGAUGGGAUUAUUAGAAUUAUUUAAUUUUAACAUGAUCUUAUAAAUUUUUCAAAUAAAUGGUAAGUCAGCUUACAAUGACACAGAUAUUGCUGAUAUUGAUAAAAAUAAUUAUUGGCCAGAAAUUCAUUUCAGUUUGUCUAGUUCAAAAACAAUUAUGAUCAUGUAUUUGUUCAUUUUUAUUUAUGAGGCACAUGCAGAUUUUUCCCUGACUGUGUAUGAUUGUGUGUGGUAUCAAAGUAAGUGUAAUAAUAAUAAUAAUAAUAAUAAUAAUAAUAAUAGAAAUCAUUCAAUAACAUAUCAAAAACACAAUAACUGUAACUUUGAAACUCCACAGUUGAAUAUACUUAAAAUGUUAUGUGCACAUCUACAAAACAUCUGGCUUCCAGAGAUACAGUGUGUAUUUGAAAGUAGACACUUAAUUUUUGUAGAACAAAUGUUUCCUUGUGAUACGAGUGAGUAAUGCAAAUGUUAUUAUAGUGCAGUUUUCACAGCAGCACUCAUUUUAGACAGUAUCACAUGAUGGAACAAGCUGUGCUGCCGUCUUUUAUAUUUUAAAGGGAAUUUAGAUUUCGGGUUGAUAUUGUUUGGGUACAAAAGUAAAUUCUGGAUGCUGUUACAAGUUGUGAGUAGUUUUGUGUUUUUUGCUAUACAGAACUAUUUCCAUUUUUCAUUUGCAGAAAAAUACAAACCUCAUCUGUAGUCACAAGGCCCUUUUGUAUUUCUUGCCAAAUGUAUUAUUAAGGUUUUUUUUCCUACAAUUCAUUUUCAUAUUUUGGAUCGUCUUCCUGUUCAUUAAACUUUGAAUAUAAUACACAUAGAAUUAAUACACAUAGAGGUAAAACUGGCUCUACGGCUACAAACAAAGGCUGUUUGGUAUUAUUAGUUGAUGUGUGAAUGUUGGGUUGUUUUUUUGUUUUUUGUUUUGUUUUUUUGGGGGGUUUUUUUUUUUGUAUUACAUAUAGAAACCCUUUAAUGUGAAACUAAACCAGAAUUUGGAAUGCAUUGCAUUAAAAACAUUGACAAACCUGAACACUGUCUGAAUGCUUUACGGUUUGUAUGAAAUAAGUGUAUAUGCGAAAAUGUAACACUUACUGAAAUAAAGUCAGAUAUAAAUAGUGCUA